AUGGAGUGUAUUUUUCAGGUUAUGGAGUGUAUUGCCAACACGAAGCUUCUAUAUGCUGUGUAUAUGUUACAGGGAGACGCAGCAGAUUGGUGGAACAAUGUCAGGCACCCACUGGAGUGCCAAGGGUAUGCUAUUACUUGGCCACUCUUUGAGAGACAUCUUCUGAUGAAAUAUUUCCCGGAGGAAGCAAGGGAAAAGAAAAGAAGUGAAUUUGAGGACCUCAGACAGGGAGGCAUGACAGUGGAUGAAUAUCUGGGCAAGUUCAACCGUUUGGCAAAAUACUCUUCUUAUGGUAGAGCUCCCCUCACUCCAGAAGACAAAGCCUAUAGAUUCAAAAAGGGCUUGAAUGAAAUGAUUGCAGAAAAGCUGGACAUACAGGAGUACUAUCGUACCAGAGGUAAUGAAGCAGCUGGGAAGAGCUUUAGUGGGAGGAUUACGCCCUGGAAGGGUAAGGGAAAAGGUUUGCAAGUACAACAGAGCACCAAGUUUAAGAAGACUCCCUUUGUGAAGAAUGGAAAUGGCAUGUCUGGUGCAGGGAAGAUCCCCACUUGUGCCAAGUGUGGGAAGACACAUCCAGGUGUUUGUAGACUGGGGCAGAAUAUUUGCUUCAGUUGUGGUCAGACAGGACACUAUUCUCGGGAGUGCCCCAAGAAGACGAGGCAAGUUGCAGCCAUACAGGCGAUUCCUAUUCAGACCGUGCUUACUCAGAGAGCCAUAGAGGAGCCUAUAGUGCCCACUAGUGCCAGGGUAUAUGCAGUGACACAACAGGAGGCAGAGAGGUCUCCAAACCUUAUCAGAGGUAUUAUUCUUAUCAGAGGAUAUGCAUUUGAUGCCAUGUUUGAUUCCGGAGCUACCCACUCCUUCAUAUCAGAAUUUAUUGCUAAUGGGUUACAGUUGCCCAUCCAUGAGUUCACGCCUCCCAUGGUAGUGAAGACUGCCACCGGGGACAUUAUUUCUACUUCUUUGAAGUGCAUAGAAGCCAGAUUCAUAUAUGAGCAAGAAGAGUAUAUGGUGGAUUUGAUAGUGCUUGAGGGCAUGAAUCUACACAUUAUCUUAGGUAUGGAUUGGCUGGUCUGA